ACUCUACGGAACUUGCACCAUUUAAUCAGGGCAACAUCUGUUCGUGAUGUCGAUGCUGAGACACAAACUAACCUGGCAGUAAGACGAGGAAACAACAUCACACAAAAUAUGGUGGAUGCGAGGUUGACGCCCCUGGCGGCGAUGGGCCUGGACCGAAGCAGUCUGAUACAUGACAGUCUUCGUCUUCACGGUGGGGUCGUAUAUCCGGGGAUCAGAACCCUCCCAACAGAGAAGAGCAGAGAGGCACCCACCCUCCCACUUGCCUACAACAGGGAUGGUCUACCAGAACUAAUUUACAAACCAGACGGCCCCCUGGAUAGUCGUAAGACCUCAAAUGGAUACCAGAGCCUCUACAAGGGCACCCAUCCAAGCCUUCACAAGCCUGUGCUAGUUUCUGGAGCGGAGGGUCUUGGGUUGGAACGGAGAGUGGGGCCUGGAGAAAAAGUGACAGAGCUGGGCUUGGCUGGGGCUGGUGGAAGCUACCUCCGCAUGCCAUUGCUGAGCCCAUACCCUGAAGCUGGCAUGUAUCCCUUUAUGGACACAUCCAAGUACGCUGCUUUGAACAUAUACAAAGCCUCCUUGCUCAGCCAACCCAGUCCCUACCUUCCCCAGCACCUGCCCUACCCUCCCCUGUGUGCAACCCAAGGAGGCAAUGUUACGUCUGCUGCAGCUGUUUCUGCUGCUGAGAGGCUCUAUUAUAUGCCUCCCUACCCUCCCUCUCCCAUUUCUUCUCCACUGGUGGCCACUCCCAUGAGGAUUCCUGCGGUCACAAUGACCCCCACUUCGCUGGUACACUGCCAAGACAAGGGGCUCGGUGUUACAUCUCCGUUUGCACAGCAGCUUCAUCAGCCCUCUCCUCACCCUCAGCACCAUCAGGCAUCUAUGGAGAGAGACAGGUCUCCGAGCAGGAGUAGCAGACCAAGCAGACCUCCCUCCAGGAAGGGAGCAAGCAACAACAAUAGCACCAGUAGUACCAGCACCAGUGGCACCACUGCUGGGAAUAAUAACAGUCUGCCCGCUGAUUCUUCUCAUAUGUCGUCCCGCCUCCCCCAACCUCUCCCUCUGCCUAACCUCCUUGACAAAGCACUGGAUUUGCAAAGGCCAGUUGCCAGAAUAGGACAACCAUCCGCCUCUUCUGCUGCUUCAUUAUCGGCAUGCCCCACUUCUACGCAGUCCAUUGCUCAUCCUUUUUCUAUAAGCAGCAUGGCAUCAGAGCAGUCCUCCUCUGCCAGACCCAGCCCCCAUAAACCUAGGUCAAGAGAUGGGGCAUCUGAGAACAGAAGUUCAGGAGUAGAAAAAGUACGCAGCAGGUCUCCUUCUGUAGUCAAUUUUGAGAGGCCAGCUAACCAAGCCCAGCAAACCAAAGACUCUGCAGAGAAGCCCUUGGAUUUGUCAGGAAGAAUUAUUGAGUACGGACUGCCUGCCAAUGGUUUUUCAGUUAAAAUGGACACCAUGUCAUCUGGUGCCCGCUAUGGACUUCCCUCUAGUCGGGAUCUUCUAACGGAAAAUGUCUCCUUGUCCCCUUCCUCCCAUCCUCAUUCUGUCGUUAGCAGCACUUCUUCAAAGGUCUCAGAGAGACCAGAGAUGAUCAGCACUUUACACUCUACCUGGGUUGUACCAAGCCCAUCUCCCUCACAUGCACAGCACACGUCAGGUUUGCCGCCCUCUCCAAGGUCAAACGCAGACCUGGGUCUUUCACAAGCCAAACGCGCCUCCCCCUCUGUCAUUAAGAACAAGAGCCUAGAGAGGGUUCUCCCUCAGCAGCGGAGCUCCUCAUGCCCAAGGAUAGGAGAGCCAAACCUCAGCGUUCCCUCCUCUCAACACUCUGGAUCGUCUCUGAUAAGCUCCAGGGUGCAUUCCCCUAAACCUAAUGGUGAGUGGGUGAAACACAGCCCCAGCCAGUCAGAGCAACACAGAGAAGGACCAGAGAGGUCUGUCCAGAUGAAUAAGAGAAGUGAACAGACUCCCGAUCUGUCGUCAUACAAAAGGCCAUGUUUGGAGAAUGGAAACCCUCCUCACCUUUUCCUUCCCCAAAGCGAAGCUUUUCUGAACCACAGCUUGGCUUAUGCUAAUAGAUAUCUGCAGUACCCCAUCCCUGAUGGCCUGGCGCUACACUCUGUUCCAAUUUCAGGGAAAGGCCCAGUGUACCCCAAUCCUGUUCUGCUGGGCAACAACGGCCUUUACCCAGCCCACUUAGCUGGAAAACAUCCUUUAACCUAUCCAAACCUACCAGCUGGUCCGGGCUUAGAAUACCUCACUUAUAACUCGCAGGAGAUGGCCCAUCCUCUGAUGCAGACGCACUCUGACAGCAAGCCGACAGAGAGGGCAGAUGUAACACUAAAACCCCGGGGACAGGAGAAACCACGGGUAGCUGAAGAGGGGGGGAGCCACAGAGUUCACAGCACUGGGAAAGAAACAAGCGAAGGCAACCAAAUGAAGCAUGAUAGGGAGAUAGGAGUACAAGGACAGGGUGGCAGUCAAAGCAAAACCCUCCCUUCAUCUGCAACAUCUAGAGAAACGAUUGUCUGCAUUGACCUUGUACACUCAGACACAGAUAUCGAGUCUACACCAACAGUCCAAAAACAGUCUUCUGCAGAGAAUAGCAACAAGGGGAAGGAAAAUGAAUGUCACAACAGCCAGAACCCCAUCAACACUGAAACUGAGAUAAAAAACCAUGCACAUCCAAGUCACUCUGUAAAAAAAACAAACUUGAAAGGAAGCAACACUGAUGGCCAGCAGGAUGCUUUUUUUGGGAAAGGAAAAAUUCCCCAGGAAACGCCCUGUCAAGCCGAGACACCCAGGGCAUCCCAGACCUCUCUUCCAGGAGAGAUUUCUGAAGCAGAAGAGAGCACAGAGGAGAGUAGCCCCAGCCCAGACCCCGAAGAUCAAGAUCAGAGCACUUUACGCUGUGCCCGCACCUCAGGGGAGCGUAGCUCUGGAAAGGACAAAAGAGAUGGGGGCAGCUGCGUUCCACUCCCUACACAGGACAAUACGAAUGUGGUAAAGGAGUGUGAGAGGGAGGUGGAAAAGGAGGACAGUAUUGUUGAUCUUGGGGAGUCCCAAGCAGAGGGAGAUGACGAUGAAGAGGAGGGGGAAGAAGGUACUCAGACUUCAUCUAAAAACUCUCGUAGGUCCAGCCUGGCGAAACGGAUUGCUAACUCCUCUGGCUACGUUGGCGACCGCUUUAAAUGCGUCACCACAGAGCUGUAUGCAGACUCUAGCAAACUGAGCCGCGAGCAGAGAGCCCUACAGAUGGAAGUCUUAUCACGAGAGGAGAGUAAUAUAAGCCAACCUGCAGCUAACUGGGAGCGGGCGAUGAUGCGGUUCUCCGAGCUGGAGCUGAAGGAGAAGGAGGGCGGCGCCGGCAUGUGCGUCUUUGCCUCGGCAGCGGCAGCAGGACGGGAGCUGGCAGACGGCCAGCACAGAGAGAGAGGGCUGGAGUCCUGCCAGCACACCACCAGGCAGGCAGAGAGGGAGGGUGUCCGCCCGCUGUACGCCAACAACAGGGUUCCAGUUCUCCAGAGGUGCGUGGCCCCGAGGGACCACGUGUCCCUGGGUCACCAGGGUCAAGAUGGGGCCAAGAAAGCUGCGACCAGAGAGUCUGAGGAGGGACUAUGCAUGCCUCCCACUCUGACGCCAUCAAAGGAGUUCCUGGAGGAAAAGUUCAGCCCAGGGUUCGGAGCUGCCAGAAAACGCCCGCUCACUAAGGAGGAGCAGGAGGAUACAGAGGAAGGGGAGCGGGAGAAGAGAGCCAAGCUGUCCACAGCAGAUGAGCAUGAGCAGACUAGACCUAACGAGGAUGACGACGAUGACGAGGUGCGAAAGCUCAAAGUUUGCAUUGAGCUUAAGGGACUGCGACUCAGCAAGCCCGCAGCAGGGGCAGGGUCACCCGACGGGUCCCAGUUCAAACAGGAAAGGCCAUGGCCCCAGCCCCGCGCGGCAAACCCAGCACAGACCCAACGAGAGCGCAAGAUCCAUGCAGCAGAGCCUGAGGACAGGGCCGCAGCGCAGAGGAACGACAUCAACGGGAAGUGGGGCUACGAGAAGCUACCUAAUGGAGUAGCUGCUCCUGCCCUUCCCCCCGGCCAGCCAAAGGACAGAGCGCACCAGCCGAACCUCUUCUCAGGUGACCGCGGCCUUAAAGAGUCAAAGAGGGGCCCCCCUUCGCCGGCCCCGGAGUCCUGCGUGGGAGGCGUGCCUCCCCUCAAGCCCCGUCGCCAUAGUGACACGGACAAACCCAAGGGCAAGCGGCCCUGCAAGACCAAGCACACCAGCCAGCGAGACAGAGAGAGGGAGCGCGAGAAGAGGAAAGAGGCCGCGCCCACCAGUCCGGGCCAGCGCUCUGCGCCUGAUCUGGAAUCAGCCGCGGACGACAAGCCGGCUGAGCAGCGCAGCGCUCCGAGGAAGAGAGCCGCCUCUCCUAAUCACUAUCCCUGCUCUCUGCUCCAGCCCUGCUCCCCCGCCGCGCUCUGUCCGCCCGCCCUGCUGCCACAGGCGAAUGUCAAGGCCCCGCUGGAAGUACCGGGGCUGCACAGGACCCCCCCUCCUGAGCCCUCCGCCGUGCGCCCUAUCCCGCCGGAGGCUCGGCGACUGAUCGUGAACAAGAACGCAGGCGAGACUCUGCUGCAGAGAGCUGCGCGGCUCGGCUACGAGGAGGUGGUGCUGUACUGCCUGGAGAACAGAGUCUGCGAGGUGAAUCACAGAGACUAUGCGGGCUACUGUGCUCUGCAUGAGGCAUGUGCCCGGGGCUGGCUCAGCAUUGUCCAACACCUGCUGGAUUAUGGCGCAGACAUCAACUGCAGUGCACAGGACGGGACCAGACCCAUCCAUGAUGCUGUGGAGAAUGACCACCUGGACGUGGUGCGGGUGCUGCUGUCUUACGGAGCUGACCCCACCCUGGCCACGUACUCCGGCCGCAGCCUGCUGAAAAUGACCCGCAGCAACGGCAUGGAGCGCUUCCUCACCGAUUAUUUUGCUGACCUUCAGGGACGCUCAGAUGACGACGCAGGGCUUUAUUGGGAGUUCUAUGGCAGCGCUGUGUGUGAAUCAGGCGAAGAGGGCGGCGUUUACAACAUCCUGGCAGACCCUCCAGGUCCAGACGACGAGGACGAGGAUGAGAGAAGGGAGGUGUUUGAAUUUGAAUUCUCUGAUCGACCUCUGCUGCCAUGUUACAACAUCCAGGUGUCCCUCUCCCAGGGACCUAGAAACUGGCUGCUGCUGUCAGAUGUGCUCCGCCGGCUGCGCAUGUCCGCCCGCGCCUUCCGACAAGCCUUCCCCCACAUGGAGGUGGUGACUGUGGCAGAGGCGGAGUUCUACAGGCAGGCGUCCCUGUCGCAGCUGUUUUCCUGCCCGGAGGAGUUGGAGGGCUUCCAGCCGGACAGCAAGGACCUGUUGGACUUGGUUGAAGACAGCGCGGAGCUGGCUGCUCUGCUGGGCUCAACACUGGAGUGUCUGGACGACCGCUGGGACCACCAAGCGGACAAACUCAAAGACAAAAUCAAGGCGGCGGGCAAGCUGGGCUCAUCCUGACCGUUUUCCUCACUAAGUGGAGUUUGCUGUUGAACCAAUCAGAGGUUACAGAUAUGCCUUAGCGUGACCCUUAGUUCCCUCGGCUCUGGACCAGCACUGGUGUACUGACAGACUGACCCACUGGUUAGCUGGGCUGUGGAAACCUUUCCCUCCAUUAACUAAGGAUCAACACAUUUCUGACUCAAGAGACUUAAUAAUGGUCUUAUUUUUAUAAAUUAAUAUAUGUAUAAAUAAAUAUAUACAGUAUAUAUAUGAUAUGGAGAGCGUUUUCUCUUUGAGAUGUUGCUCUUGGCACCUCUGAAAGCUUUUUUUUUUUUUUAUGGAGCAGUCGCGCUCUAAGCGGCUGGACGGUGUGUGUGAGCAUACAGCACACUGUGCAUGUUGUACAGAAUAGUUCUGAGGCUGUGCUGUUCGGUCUGAUAUUUGUGUUUAUAGGAAGCACAUGAUGUCCAUUUUUUUUCUCCCCUAGUUCUCCUCAAACUUUAGUGCUUGUUUGAGCCUCAGGGGCUACUUUGUUGUAUUUUUUUCCUCUCUUUAAGAUGUUUCUUUCUGUUCAGGCUGUAAUUUAAACGUUAGAAGCUGCAAAACUGUUUGUAUAAUAAAGUUUUAAGACCAUGUUGAUAUUCCCCUCCCCCCUCCCCUGUGGCACAGAGCUUGUAUAUAACGGGGAGGAUACUGCAGUACUUUAAUUUUUUUUUUCUUUGGAGUGUUCAUUUUUUGUUUUGUUUUAACUUUGUAAUUAAAAUAUCCCAUAAUUUGUAUUUAUAUUUUACAAAAGAAGUUGCUUUAAAAUAAAUCUACAAACUGCAAGUU